AUGGCCAUCCUUGCAGGUGAAAGAAGACAAGGAGUGGCGGCUUCCCUUAGGAUGGCUGAAGAGGACACGGUGCUGUCCGCAGACCCCGAAUGCUCCAGAGCACCCCCAGCUGAGACCCCCACUGUGAAAGAGCUGGAAGAGCUCUUGAACACGGGGAGACCCUCCUGUAACCACGUCGAUGAAGUUUGGCCUAACCUCUUCUUAGGAGAUCACAUUACAGCUCACAGCCGGUUUGGUUUAUGGAAGAUGGGCAUCAGCCACAUUUUAAAUGCUGCUCACGGGACACUGUUUUGCCACGAACCCCAUGAUUUUUAUGGAGCCACCAUUGAAUAUUAUGGAGUACCAGCGCACGACCUACCGGAUUUUGACAUAAGCCCAUAUUUUUACCCUGCGGCAGAAUUUAUACACAAAGCCUUGAGCGCCCCAGGAGCCAAAAUCUUAGUGCACUGUGCCGUUGGGAUAAGCCGUUCGUCUUCCUUGGUCCUGGCCUACCUCAUGAUCUACCACCACCUCCCUUUGACGGAAGCGAUCGAGGCGGUGAAAAAGCACCGGUGGAUUUUCCCCAAUCGAGGCUUCCAGGAACAGCUGAGAAAUCUGGACAUUCAGCUCAGACUGCGCUAAACAAAGGCAAAAGUACUCUUUACAUCAAGUUCUCGAAUGUCACAGAAAUUCAUAUUCACGUCAGGGUGA